AUGGGGCACAUUGUUUUUCCCCUGUUUUUGCUGAGGAUCCUAAUUUCUGUGAUUGGUAUAUUAGGAAAUGGGGUCUUGAUCUUAUCAAUCCUCCACUUGGCACGAGUCAAGACAUUCGAAGUGCUCCUGCUUGGACUAUCUAUCACAAACUUUGGGGAGAUUAUGCUUGUGGACAUCUAUGAUGCUAUCAUCCAAUCUAUGCAUAAUCUAAGUAUUUGGUCCUGUGUUGUUCUAAAAUUUCUAAACGUCUGUGGAGAAAAUGCUACCAUCUUUUUCACAGUGCUUAUCAGCAUCUACCGCUAUCAGAAGAUGCACAACGCUGCCAUGCGGAUUAUCACACCUAUCUUUAUGGAUAGCAGGGAAUCUGCAAUUGGUCUUAGUAUGGGAUGUGUUUUGGUAGCUGUGAUUUUAGGUCUGCCAAUUUAUUUCAUAAACCAGGACACUUGGCAUAUGGAAAAUUCCACUAUAGAACACUGUCCAGCAGAUUUUUUCCAGUGUUCAGAAGAUCACUGUCCCACUGUAAACAACAUUUACAGGUACCUUUUUAUCAUCAUCUGUCAUGUUUUGCCUCUCAUCAUCGUCACAUGGACAAGUGCCUUAAUCAUCAAGAUUUUAAUUGUUCAGCAAAAGGUGGUAGAUGCACAUCAUAAGUCAGAUCCAGGUGCCAUAGUUGCCCACCAUCAUCACGAGCAUGAUGUGUUCCAUCGGAGCACCAUUGGCAUCCUGGCUGCAAUGACACUCUUCCAGGGGAACUGCAUUUUGUAUCUGAUUCUACGCUUAGCGCUUAACCCAUAUGACUUUCCUGCUUGGUCAGAGCUGGAGUUCUUCAUUACAACGUUUUAUACAGGUAUCACCCCCUAUAUUUAUGGUAUGGGACAUAACUUUUUCAGAGUGAAGCAUUUCAUGAAAGAAUAA